AUGUUCCAUCCAGCAUCUAAACUACCAGAGAACCUAGGAGAUUUAGAAAGUUUGAAUACACUACUUCUAAGAUCAACCAAGAUAAGAGAUGUUCCAUCCAGCAUCUGUAAGCUAAAGCAUCUCGAAUAUCUUAACCUUGCUUGUUGUUCUGAACUUGAGAAACUACCAAAGAACCUAGGAGAUUUAGAAAGUUUGAAGACACUAGAUCUAACAUCAACCAAAAUAAGAGAUGUUCCAUCCAACAUCUGUAAGCUAAAGCAUCUCAAAGAGCUUUACCUUUCUAAUUGUUCUGGACUUGAGAAACUACCAGAGAACCUAGGAGAUUUAGAAAGUUUGAAUAAACUAUGGGUAACAUCAACCAAGAUAAGAGAUGUUCCAUCCAGCAUUUGUAAGUUAAAACAUCUCAAGGAGCUUUACCUUUCUAAUUGUUUUGAGAAACUACCAGAGAACCUAGGAGAUUUAGAAAGUUUGAAUAGACUAAGUGUAACAUCAACCAAGAUAAGAGAUGUUCCAUCCAGCAUCUGUAAGUUAAAGCAUCUCAAAGAGCUUCACCUUUCUAAUUGUUCUGAACUUGAGAAACUACCGCAGAACCUAGGAGAAUUAGAAAGUUUGAAAUAUUUAAAUCUAGUGAAUACUCCUAUAAGUCAUCUUCCCGAUAGCAUUUCUUUGUUGAAAGAUCUUGAAAUUAAUGGAUACGAAAAAGGGAUUGUUCCAAAUGCAAUUCUAGUUCAAGAACAACAUAUUACAUUUGCUCCCAAAAGGAGAAGGGCCAAUACUGAAGCAACAACAAGUGAUGCAGGUUUUUGUUGA